AUGUUUUUACUCUUUUCCGAUAAAGGUGGCAACGAUCUCGGUGGCCAUGUUAGUUAAUGGCGAUGCUAUUGGGUUUGUUGCUAAUUUAAGACCUCUAAGAGAAUUUUAAUUUUUGAGGAAAAGUUUGCCAAUCAGUGAUGAAAACCUUUUGAAAACCUUGUGUGAACUUCAGAUAGAUUACGCUCCAGGUGAGCAACAAGACGUGUACAAAAUAACACCUGCUGAAAGAAUUUAUUAUGAAUUCCUGAUAAAGGAAACUGAAGCCGAGCUACUUUAAUUAGUUUUAAGAGGUUCAUAAUACUGACUUGUCAGAAGGGAGAGGAACGGGCAGUUAAAUUUUAACUGCCCGUUUUUUUUUUUACCUUUAUUAUCUCCCUCCUCCCUAAUUUUUUCGGCCAUUUCUCUCUCCUCCCUGAUUUUUCCUCUCUCUCUCUCUCCCUGAUUAGUGCUUUACGAGGUUUAAAUCAGGUGACGAUACACUGCAGUACCUCGUUUCCAUGUCUGAAAAGAAGGAAAACAUUUGAAACGCGUUUUUCUUCUUAUUCAGCACGUGCAGUAGCCCUUUAUUUCUUUCCAAACCGUUUGAUUUUGUAACGUAAGCUUGAAGCUUUGAUCUUACAACAUCUAUUAAAAAUGCUUUACAUAGGGCAGAAUGGUUACUUAUAACUACUUGCCAGAUGAAAUAGAAUAACACAAGUACAUUUAUUAAACAUUGUAUUGCAUCUACAUUGUGUGAAGGUAAUUUACAACUUACCACCUCACUUCCGGCUUUAAAGUCAGAGAAUGUCGUGAUAUCUUGCAGGAACUCGAGCAUGCUUGCUGCUGUAUUUACGCGUGGGCAUGUUGCACUGGCCAAUUUGUUCUGCCAGUUCAUCGCCACUUUCGUCACUAUCAUUAUUGGACCUAUCGUGCCUAUCAUAAUGUCCUGUCGUGCGUGUUCAGUCAACAGUUUGCAGCUAACACAGAAAUUUUGACUCGAAAACAAGUCCCAGACACUCUUCAAACUUAUUUCUCUAUGCUCUAUGAGUUUGGGAUCGCAUUCUAUCGCGUUGUUUUACAGCUUCAAGUGGUAAAACUCAUUGCAACUGUGCCUAAAGGCUCAGUCUCUCGAAUAAUCCUUAAAAAUGAUGUGUUUAUUUGUAACCUUCAACAACGAGGAACUAGCUUGUUGGGCUACAGGGUAGGCAGUUAACAACACACACCAUAUCAAGCGUAGCACGUAAAUGUUGUAAAUCAUUGUCAGUGUUUCCAUUUGCAAUGUUUUCAGCGUGGAUUUCCAUGGCUUUCUUAUACUUUGAUCCACAAUCAGAAGAGUUGAAAAUCACAACUAAUUUUCUGCACUGCAUUUCUAUGCUCGUGAAAGAUAUGAAGUUGAAAAUAGAAAGAGAAAUUCCAUAUCAAAACGCAACCAUGUAUUAUUUUAUUUAUUAAAUAAACACCACGGGCCUUAGAUGACAAGAAAAGUCGACUCUAUCAAUGAAUGAGCAAACGAUCCUGGAUUAAGAAUGGUAAACGUUUUGUCAUUCAUUCCUCAAGCUGACAGAGUGAUGCGAAUGGCGAGUGACGUAAAUGACGAGUUUUUCUGCAGCUGACUGGUGACAUCAAACACAUGUAAAAAAAAUUAUCGUAAUUUUACACGUGUGCAGUUACUGCUUUUCUCGGCCGGGAUUGGAAAAAGUUUUAAAAACACAGCAGUUUAUUGGACACAUAAUAUUCUGAGCAGGAAGAGAGAUUAUAUUCUGUGCUAUCAGAGGAAUAAUAUUAUGUGGUAUCAUCCUUACAAAUUCUUCGAGUAAGUAACCUAUAAUUUCUCCCCACAAUUUUACUGCUGAAUCAAACAGUUAUUUCAUGAGAGUGGAAGAAAUUGUCACCAACUUUAGAAGCAUUUUGGUGCCAUAAGGAAUGUAUGGCGAACAGUAGAGAAAAUGUGCAUACAGAUGUUUGAGUACAAGGUGUUAAUCAAAAGUCUAUAUUUUCAUUUAUUUUUCAGGUAGUUUUCAUGGUGAAGCAGCGGUGGAUCACGACUUUAUCCGAGUCGAGGUCGUGACGUCUUCGGGAGCCACGAAAAGUGACGUACACAUGCACGUGUUUCCUAAACAAGAAGUUCUCAAAAGGGAACAGAAACCUGGCGGUAUUCCACUAAACGUUGCGCUAGUUAUGUUUGACUCUACUUCAACUGCUAACUUUAAACGAAAAUUACCCAAAAGCUGGAAACAUUUGACUACGAAUUUAAACUCUAUUGUUAUGCGAGGUAAGUCCCAUAAAACUCCAUUUCACUUCAUUUUACCCGCAAAAGAUGUAAUCGGUUAUUAAUACGCCUAUCGAUGCAAAAAGACAGCCGUGACUAGCCUCUUGCAUUAGAGGUUACCCCAGAAGAGCUUUAACCUUUCAAAACACCCUGCUUCUCGACCUUACACCCCCGUUUACUGACUCGACUUUUCUUCCUCGCCGGGAAAUAAGGCCGCCUCCACAACCCUUUCGGGAAAUUUGCGAUAACAGCAGCUUGUCGACUACUAUUCUCUCUUUAUCUAUUAUCCGAAACAUCCCUGCUGUUUCCCAUUUAUUGUUUUCCCGCUAGUACGGCUAUGGUAUCUCUCUCUGCCCCAGUUAGCUCUUAGAUGUAGUGUUUUCCAAUUUCAGCAAGAAGUCAUUGUUUUUUUUCCCAACCUAGAAGAAAAAUACUAUCGCGGGUCUAAGGUCCCGCCUAAUAGUUCACGGUUUACUAGCUCUCUGACUAAAAACUUGAUUGUGAUGAAUCUGCGUGCGAAUCGAUUGCUGUAGAUUUUCUGGGUGACACAAUAUUUAACGCUUCAAAUGGUAAUAGCCCUGAGGAUGGUAGUCCAUUUUCCUAGGCUAUUCCAUCGCAGGGUUGAAAAGAUAGAAAUCGGCUUCGCUCUAAAAAUAAAGAAAAGAAAGCCUUACCAGCUCGUCCAUUUCCCCUACUUAACGGAAAAAGUAAAGCAAGUUGUACUUCUAGUUAUCUAACACUUUCACUGUAUUUUCAACGCCUUGGUGACUAUAAUUUAUAAGAGUCCUUUCUUUCUAUAAGUUGUGAUAUCCCCUUAUUCAGAGUGAAACGUUCCUUUUUUGUCUUGUCAUUUGGUGACUAUAAGCGUACGUGCAGCCAUAGCUUUAAAUCAGUCACGCCUUCCUUUCUGUGUGAAGCAAAGAUCAGUUGAGUCUUCCUUGAUUUUUACCCAAUUGACAGGUGAGACAAUCGUAGGAGAUGGCACCGCUUCCCAGCUGGUUGCAAUGUUAACUGGUUUACCGGAGAAAAACCAACAGGAUGCACGAAAGAGAAAAAGUUCAUCGAAAACUGUCGACAGCUGGCGGUGGAUUUUUAAAGAUCUAAAAGAGAAAGGAUACGCUACUUGUUUUUCAGAAGAUUCACCAGGAACUGCAGCGUUCAAUUAUCGCUUAAACGGUUUCCGAGACCCUCCUACUGACCAUUACGGCAGACCAUUCUGGAUGGAGGCAGACAAACGUUUGAGAGCACAUUGUGUCAACAGCCGAGCAUCUCACAAUGUAUCUUUUGAAUAUCUACUGAGUUUCUUCCGUAGAUAUAGGGAUCGGCCGAGGUUUGCUUUCGCCUCGCACUGUGCAAUUUCUCAUGAUGACAUAAACACGAUUGGCUACGUAGACGAUGAUCUAAAAAUAUUUCUCGAUGAGUUUGAGAAAGAAUCAUUCUUAGAUAAUACAAUGCUGAUUAUUUUCAGUGACCAUGGAACGCGCUUCUCAAAUUUGAGGAAAACACUUCAAGGUAAACUCGAAGAAAGGCUUCCUUUUUUGUCAAUCACUUUACCGAAAUGGUUUCAAGAAAAGUACCCAGACCUCAACAAUAAUCUCGUUUACAAUUCGCAUAUUCUUACAUCACCGUUUGACGUUUAUGCUACUCUACGUCACAUUCUUUCAUACCCACAGUAUCCAAGCGGAAUUAUCACUGGUCAGAGCCUUUUUAGCCGAAUUGAGAGGACAAAUCGCACAUGUGCAAGUACAGGUGUAGCAGAUCAUUAUUGCCCUUGUCUUGACUUGGAAGCCGUGUCAGUCGAUGAGCCCGUUGUCAAAGAAAUAGCAGCUUUUGUCUUAAAGCAUAUUAAUGAUCUGACGUCACAUACCGAUGAAUUAUCAAAACUAUGUCAGCGGUUGCAGUUGAAGGAAAUAAAGAGCUCGUUUCGUGAGAUGCCGAAGGAAGCCAUGCAAAGAUUUGAAAGGUCAAAGCACGCCGCAGAUGACAGAUGUGACAGCUGCGAAGCGCUGCUGGGCCAAAAGACUGAAAACACUCUCGUCAGGGACACCUUAUAUCAGAUACAAUUUACAACAUCUCCGAACGAAGGAUUUUACGAAGUUUCGGUUCGAAUGAAGCAAGGUGUUCCUGAACUUACAGCGGAAAUAAGUCGGAUUGAUGCUUAUAAAAACCAGGCAGACUGUAUCUCACACAAUUUUCCUCUACUUCGGAAAUACUGUUACUGUUCGACAAUUUCUUCAUCUAGGGUGAAAUAA